ACAGGAGUUAUUCCAAGACCCCCUGAACUUGAGGAUGUGUAGCCUCGUGGGCAGUGUGCCUGCAGAAGGCCUGAUGCAGACCUUUGAGGGGACCUAUUCUCUGUUCCAGCAGCCCCAUCUCUGGGGUGUGUUUGGCUGGGGCACAGCCAGGGUCCGGAAUCCUAUGGGAUGUCAGUAAUGCCUCUGGUCGCACUUUUUAGAUUAAUCCGCAUGUGAACAGUCCCUACAUCUCAUACCCUUCUCACUUUUCACCUGAGAGAUGACUCAGGACCCAGUGGGCUGACAGCAUUAGGCUGAACCCAUACAUUUGGGUGGGUCAUACUUUGGGUGCCUGGUUAACCUACCAGUUAACCCUGUCACAUGCCAUAUUGUUGCUUUUGAACCUGUAUAUAUGCCUUAGCAGCCUGUGAGUAAAACACGCUUUAGAUGUGUGGGUUGACUAAACAUUUAUACCCAGGUGGUCAGCUGGAUAUGUUCUUGGCAGUGUUUUGGAAGUCAGAGUGCUUGGUAAAUGGAAGGCAUUUGGCUUAUUUAUAGAUUGAUAGAUUUUGGCAAAAGUUUUAACUCCACAGUCUGAGUUACACUGCAAAGCCAGUCCAUUAACCACUCUUAGGCAGGCAUCAAAAAGAAGUAUUUUAGGCUGGGCGCAGUGGCUCAUACCUGUAAUCCCAGCACUUUGGGAGGCCAAGGUUGGCGGAUCACUUGGGGUCAGUAGUUUAAUACCAGCCUGGCUAACAUGGCAAAACUCCUUCUCUACUAAAAAUACAAAAAUUAGCCGGGUAUGGUGGCCGUCACCUGUGAUCCCAGCUACUCAGGAGGCUAAGGCAUCCUGAGAGGUACAGAUUGCAGUGAGUCAAGGUCACACCACUGCACUCCUCUGAGACCUUGUCAGAACAACUUUGUGCUUUCCAAAGAUAGAUUCAGACAAAUUCUGGUGUGGUUGUUACCAAGUCGUUCACAAAGGUGGAAGGUGGCAGGCUGUCUGCUCACUCAUGGUUGCACCCUCAGGCCUCACCUCAUGCUGGGCAUGCAGUCACGCUGGAAACCAUUAGGGUAGGGAUUUCCGGUGACUGUGGCUCUGGCGCCCUGGGGUUGGAGCCUUCAGACAACCAUCCAUCAGGGUACAUGUCCAGUUACUUGAGUGGGGUUGGGCACAGCUGAUUUGUUUUUUUUCCAUCAGCAUUGGCUCCUGGCCUACAUUUCAGUCCUUUCAGACGACCCCCCUGAGGAAAUGAAAAGUGAAGUGGUCAUGUAACCCGGAGUAAGGCAGGCUGGAGGAAGUGUGGGUCUGCGCAGAGCAGCAGUUAGAGUCAAGAUGGCUGAUCUGAAGACCGUGAAAUCAUCUCCACCAUAGUUGGUUUGGGCAACCUGUUAGACACGAAUCGAGGGACUGGACCUGUGUGUGUUGUGUGUAUUCUCAUAUGAGCAUAGUUAAAACCAUUCCUGCUGCUGUCACUUUGGUAUUCCUUCAGGUGGGCUUCACCUUGCUCUGAGCCUGGCUUUUGGGUUUUUGUUUUCCAUCUGGCACUUCCUUUGCUUUCAGGUGUUUGAGACCUGGAGGAGAGGAAGGCUAUGUUUCAUUGCAGUGCUUGUAGGCUAGAAGCAUGGUGUUGGCCUGCCUGUCCCCAUCCUGCUGUGGCAUUUGGGGGGCUGAACUGCAGUGCAGGGCCCUGCCAGGUUGUUGGAUUCCAAAACGGCCCCUUCAAAGGAGGCAGUAUUUUGAGGCUAUUUCUUGAAUGCCCAGGCUUUGGAAGGUGGGACCUCAAAAAAACAAUCUCAGUCCUCAGUCUGAGCUUGCCAGAUCCAGAAGAUUCUUUGGGAGAGUAGGCUGGGGCACAGCCCACAAAAGCUGUGGAGUGCAUGCCUUGGCAGUCUGUCGCGUGACCUGGCCCCAGCUCUAUGCCGCCCUCCACAUUUGUGUCCAUGUGGUGUGGCCAUAAACCAGAGGUCUUUUCACUUUUGCUGGCAGAGUAUGACUUAAACUUGAUAACAUUUGAAAACAGCCAGCGUCCUUAAUAUGGACCAGGAGUUCCAGCCCUAGUACCACAGGGGUGUCUGGGGGAAGGAGAGUGUUUGGCUGGGCCAGGCUAGAGGCAGAGGCCUGCUGUGUUUACCGGUGCCUCCAGGGGCCCGUGCCUAAGAGGCACUGAGAGCCCAGCUGGUCUGGCCUCUGUUCUCGACUAUAGUGUGUUCUGGAGGUUAGUGGCAGGACUGGAUUACUCGUCUGGUGGGCUGGACAGAUGCAUUUGUACUUCACCCCAUCACACCGUUAGCUUUUCAGGGUCUCCGUUAGCACCUGUUAUCUGGAUAUCUGGACUGGCUUCAUAAUGCACAUGAGCAUCUUUUGGGUGCUAACUGCUUCAUCUCUGAAGUUCUCAUUUUUCCCUCACUGACUGAUUCUUGAGGGGCACGCUGCAGGGUACCUGGCAUGGAGUAGGGCCCCAGGAUGCUGACCAGCUGUGAGAGGAGAGCGGUCACCUGCUCUUGCUCUGGCUUGCAGGGUCUCCUCACUACAGUGCUGAGGCCUGGCCUCUGUUUACCUUGGAGUCUAUGUUGAACUCAAGCAUCUGUAAUGAGAAGUCGUGGUACUGCUAACUGUUGCCCUGCCUUGCAAAGUGACCUUUGUCCUGCUGCUCAAGGUGUCUCCCUGUUUUUCUGUUAACAAAGCAAUCCUUAAUGGGAGUUGCCAGGGUCCAGGCUGGUAGUUCAGAAUUACACUCCUGUGCUAGGACAGGGUCACACUCUGGUUAGGUUCACUUAAUUCACCAUCUGCUUUUUUUUUUUUGAGACAGAAUCUUACUUCGUUACCCAGGCUGGAGUGUAGUGGUGCGAUCUUAGCUCACUGCAACCUCCACCUCCAGGGUUCAAGUGGUUCUCCUGCCUCAGCCUCCUGAGUAGCUGGAAUUACAGGUGCAUGCCACCAUGCCUGGGUAAUUUUUGUAUUUUUAGUAGAGAUGGGGUUUACCAUGUUGGUCAGGCUGGUCUCGAACUCCUGACCUCAUGAUUUGCCCACCUCGGCCUCCCAAAGUGCUGGGAUUACAUGUGUGAGCCACUGUGCCCGGCCACUAUCUGCUUUUUUUUUAAGACAAAGUAUCAUUCUGUCUCUCAGGCUGGAGUGCAAUGGUGCGAUCUCGGCUCAGGCUCACCGCAAUCUCUACCUCCUGGAUUCAAGCAAUAUUUCUGCCUCAGCCUUCUGAGUACAUAAGGUUACAAGCUCACACCACCAAGCCUGGUUAAUUUUUUGGUAUUUGUAGUAGAGGUGGGGUUUUACCAUGUUGGCCAGGCUGGUGUCGAAUGCCUGACCUCAAAUGAUCCGUCAGCCUCAGCCUCCCAAAGUGCUGGGAUUACAGGCUUGAACCACCAUACCCAGCUGCCAUUGGCUUUUGGCUGCUGAACUUGAGGGAUGUAAUUUGGCUUUCCUAGGGCUUAACUGAUACCCAAACAUGGACUGAGGAAAGCCCUAUCUGCAGCAGACCAGGAUUAUUGAGCUGUGGGGAAGAGUUGAGGUUAUUUGGUUGAUAGAAUGUCCUUUGUAUAAACAGACACCCUGGUGAUCUGCAUGUUACCAGGUUUUGGUUUGUUCUGAAUCUGAGACCCGGGGUCCAGGUUCUUUCAAAAUUUUCAUUCCCCUUGUAGUAGUACUUCUCAGACUUAACCUGUUGGCCAAGGACCAGGCUUGUAAUUUUUAAUCGUUUGCACACCAAAACUUGUCUGUAAUAAGGUCAAAAUGCUGCAGCAAUGCCAGAUAGCCGUCACAGCUACUCAGCACCUCCCUGCUGCCUUAUGGACUGAUGGCAGCUGAGGACCUGACUUUGAGCAACACGACUGGUAGAGUGUGGGGGUGCCUCUGGUGGGGGAGGUGGGACAGGGCUGCAGGCCAGGAGGUCUGAACAGUGCUCAGCGACCUUGAGGCAGGUGGUACCCAUGGGAAUGGACAGACCUUGAUGCUCUGCUGCCUAAUGCUUCUGCCCAGCAGGUGACCCUAGAGUCUGGAGGCCCCAGAGUGUUGCUGCCCUCACAUCUGUGUACAGGGCCUGUAUCCAGCUGCUCCCCUCUAGAGAUUCAGGGUGACCUUGGUGUCUGGUUCCAUAGGAGGGCUGGCUCUGUGUGUUUGCACAGUGAGUGGUCCUGGCUUCGUGAUAGAAUGUGAUUCGUGUUAUGUGCCAGAGUGGCUGGUGACUGCUUGCCCCAAGACAGUAAAUGUAGUGGGUGUGACUGGCAGGCAUUAGCCCUGUCAGCUACGGAGAAGUGGAGUGAGAGAUGCUAGUCAGCAGACUCUGUGGCCCCAAGCCAUUGGCCCCAGGCUGUCGGGUCACUGGGCUGCCAGCUGGUGAGGCUGGCACUGCUCUCCAAAACUGUGCUGUGCCUGCUUGGGGGUGCAAGGAGCUGCUGACAUAACUACAUGGGAUGAGUCACCCUCCCUCCCAGCUGGCGAGUUGAGUUCAGAGUCCAGGUCCUGAAAGGAACUCAGAGUUCAUUUUUCCUUUGCACAGUACAUUAUUUGAUGAAGUCAUUUCUCUUGUAAUUGGGUAGACUGUCCCAGCUGUAGGUAGGAAGAACAAAAUUUGUUACCUCUUUCUUUCAAGUGCCCUGAAGAGUCUCUUGAUGGUGACAUUCUUAAAUCUAAGAUGGUCAUUGGUGGCGACCAGUUGGUGGUGAUUCCUAUGGAACGAAGCAGUGGUGAUGGGUUUUGGGCCCAGGUAGAAGUGGCACGUCUCAUGUCGCCAUCUGGGCAGGCUAGGGGGUUCUUGGGUGUUCAGUGGAUGUGUGUGGGUAUCAGCACGCUGCUCUGGUGCUUACUGGACCUUACCCUGCCUUUCAUCAGGUAAUCUCAAAGAGCUAUAUGAGAAACUCUUAACUCAUCUCUACAACUCUCAUGAAGCAGACACUAGAGCUCACCACUGAUCUCUGUUGACAAGAGAAACUGAGUCACUAAUGACUAGCCAGGUUGCUUUGCCCAGCACAGUGUCCCAGGGCUCUGUCUGGGCUGCUGGAGCUGGUGUGAAUUCCUUUGCAUAUAGCCACACUGUUGGGAAGGAUUCCAGUGUCUUACACUCUGAAGGGACCUGUGAGGUACGGACAUUGCUGCAGGAGAAGAAGUUGCCAUCAAGCUUGAAUGUGUCAAAACCAAACACCCUCAGCUCCACAUUGAGAGCAAAAUAUACAAGAUGAUGCAGGGAGGAGUGGGCAUCCCCACCAUCAGAUGGUGCGGGGCAGAGGGGGACUACAACGUCAUGGUGAUGGAGCUACUGGGGCCAAGCCUGGAGGACCUCUUCAAUUUCUGCUCGAGAAAAUUCAGCCUCAAAACUGUCCUGCUGCUUGCCGACCAAAUGAUUAGUCGCAUUGAAUACAUUCAUUCUAAGAACUUCAUCCACCGGGAUGUGAAGCCAGACAACUUCCUCAUGGGCUUGGGGAAGAAGGGCAACCUGGUGUACAUCAUCGACUUCGGGCUGGCCAAGAAGUACCGGGACGCGCGCACCCACCAGCACAUCCCCUAUCGAGAGAACAAGAACCUCACGGGGACGGCGCGGUACGCCUCCAUCAACACGCAUCUUGGAAUUGAACAAUCUCGAAGAGAUGACUUGGAGUCUCUGGGCUACGUGUUAAUGUACUUCAACCUGGGCUCUCUCCCCUGGCAGGGGCUGAAGGCCGCCACCAAGAGACAGAAAUAUGAAAGGAUUAGCGAGAAGAAAAUGUCCACCCCCAUCGAAGUGUUGUGUAAAGGCUACCCUUCUGAAUUUGCCACAUACCUGAAUUUCUGCCGUUCCUUGCGUUUUGACGACAAGCCUGACUACUCGUACUUGAGGCAGCUUUUCCGGAAUCUGUUCCAUCGCCAGGGCUUCUCCUACGACUAUGUGUUCGACUGGAACAUGCUGAAAUUUGGUGCCAGCCGGGCUGCCGACGACGCUGAGCGGGAGCGCAGGGACCGAGAGGAGCGGCUGAGACACUCGCGGAACCCGGCCACCCGCGGCCUCCCUUCCACAGCCUCUGGCCGCCUUCGGGGGACGCAGGAAGUGGCUCCCCCCACACCCCUCACCCCUACCUCACACACAGCUAACACCUCCCCCCGGCCCGUCUCUGGCAUGGAGAGAGAGCGGAAAGUGAGUAUGCGGCUGCACCGCGGGGCGCCCGUCAACAUCUCCUCUUCCGACCUCACGGGCCGACAAGAUACCUCUCGCAUGUCCACCUCACAGAGGAGCAGGGAUGUGGCAUCUCUCCGGCUGCAUGCAGCCCGCCAGGGCACCCGCUGCCAUCCCCAGCGCCCACGACGCACCUACUGAGGGCCCUGGCGGCCUCUGACCGGGCUCCCAGCCACGCAGGCCACUGCUGGCCACAAGGGCAGGUCCUUGAGCACAACUGUGGCCGCAGGCCGUUUGGGACCAGCAGGCGGGGCCCCUGUUGUGGAGGCUUGGCUUCACUGCAGAUCCACUCUGGAAUGACACGGUUCCAGCCCUGCCACCUCCCCCCGGAAAACACUGAUCAGGCGACGAUCUGCUAAGCUGGCAGCCAGAGCCCAGCGUGGCCCUGCCUGAGCCAGUCCUGUUUGUAAAAUAAAUAGCAAGCAUUG